AUGCGCGCCACAAUAGCAGUACCAAUCACUCUCCUCCUCGUCGUGCGAGCCUACACCCGCAAAUCCCUGACACCUCUGGGUAUAGCCGCCGCAGCGUUGACUGCCACCAUACACGCUCUCCAUCCUUCACCAAUUCCGUUCACGCUGCUAUGCACGUUCUUCCUCCUUGGGACGGCCGCUACGAAGGUGAAGCACGACAUCAAAGCCACCCUUACUCAGUCAAGCAGCGGCCACGCCGGCGGCGAAGGUGCCAGAACGAGCGUUCAAGUAUUUGCCAACAGUGGUUGUGCCAGCGUGCUGGUCCUGUUGCACAUAUGGCUCUAUGGGAUCGGACACUCCAGCAAAACGACAUCUACAUGUUUCGGUGCGGGGGAGAACAAGACAGCAGAUCUUCUGCUCCUGGGUAUAAUGAGCAAUUACGCAGCCGUUGCGGCAGACACGCUGUCGAGUGAGCUGGGCAUCUUGUCCAAGAGCAGGCCUGUUCUCAUCACAAGUCUUCGCCCCGUCCCUCCCGGUACCAAUGGCGGGGUCAGUCUUGCGGGCUUCUCGGCUGGUGUCGGGGGAAGUGCGGCCAUAUCGGCCACGAGCGUGCUGUUGCUGAGAGUCUGCGAAGGAGGCUGGCUGAAACCUUCGCACGUGUUCCUCCUGCUCACCACAUUGGGCACUGUUGGAACGCUCCUCGACUCUCUUCUGGGUGCUUUCCUGCAGGCGUCCGUGAUAGAUCGUCGAACAGGAAAAAUCGUCGAAGGACCGGGCGGAGUCAAGGUGCUCACGACGCCUGGUCAAUCACAUGCCGGUGCUCCAGUCCACGAGCAAGUGGAUGGCCACGGCAACAAAGGAGGCGACAAAAGCCGCAUCAUCAAUUCUGGCCACGACGUCCUGGACAACAACCAGGUGAAUCUGAUGAUGGCUUCAAUCAUGAGCAUAGGGGGAAUUGUUGCAGGCCAGCUCAUAUGGAGCUAG